UGGAAAACUCUGCGCCUGCGCACCACGACGGGCUCCGGUGAAAGGUGGUACGCCUGCGUGCCGCACACGCCCGGGUGGCUGUAUUUUUGAGGUAGCUUGUUAGCUUCGCUGAUGGACUCUGCUCCAGGAGUAUAGCUCCAUGAAUAACUUAAACGACCCUCCAAAUUGGAACAUUCAGCCCAAUCCCAGGGCUGAUGGGGGUGAUGGAAGCAAGUGGAAUUAUGCCCUCUUGGUGCCAAUGCUGGGAUUGGCAGCAUUUCGUUGGAUUUGGUCUAGGGAAUCCCAGAAAGAAAUAGAAAAAGCAAAAGAAGCAUAUCAUCAGAGAACAACUGCUUUCCAACAGGAUCUUGAAGCUAAAUACCAUGCUGUGAUCUCAGAACAUCGGCGUGCAGUUGCUCAACUAUCUUUGGAACUGGAAAAGGAGAAAAAUAGAACAACUAGUUUUCGAGAAGCUCUUAUCUCUCAGGGGCAUAAGUUGGCAGAAGAAAGGAAGCUUCUUGAGCAGGAACGAGCUCAGAUAAUGCAAGAGAAAAGCCAGCUUCAGCCUCUGAAAAGUGUCUAUCUGAGCUGCCUGGAAGAAGAGGAUGACUGGCAGAGGAGAGCCCAGCUUAUGCUGAAGGAGGUGGGAGAAGCUCUCGUAGAACGUCAGAAUAUCUACUGCAGCCUGGUCCUUCCCCGUAGUACAAGGCUAGAGCUGGAGAAGAGCUUACUGGUACGCUCGUCCAUUGAUCCGGUAGCUGCUGACCUAGAGAUGGCCGCUGGCUUAUCUGACAUAUUUAAGCAUGAUAAGCAUUGUGGAGAUGUCUGGAACACCAACAAACGCCAAAACGGGAAGCUCAUGUGGAUGUAUCUCAAAUAUUGGGAACUACUUGUUGAACUUAAAAAAUUUAAGAAAGUAGAAAAAGUCAUACUAGAAAAAUAAGAAUGAAAUGAAACUUAAAGGCCAGAUGGCAAUGGCAACCUGCAUUCUGGGCUCUCUGAUAUUUAGUCUGUUCCUUACCAGAUGUGACCCAGUACAGCUACUCUUUGUGAGAACUCAAGUCUUUCCACCCUUUGAACAGUGCAGUAGGGACUUAGCAGAUAAGUUUUUUUCUAUGAUGCUCUGUAGCUAUUAGAGAUUCAAUUUUGUGAAACAUUUUUGAGCUGCUAAUAUUUAGUAGAAAAAGUACAACUUUAUAUUUUAGUUCUAGGGUAAAGAAAAGAUUUAAAGCUCAAAUAUAAUAUUCUUACUCUAAGAAAUGUUCUAUCAGAUUUUACCUCUCCUCCAAUUACUGGUCUCCCCUGAUUCCAUCUAGAAGUUGUUGGUUAAUGUAGUUGUGUAACAUGUGGGGCUGACUUUUUGGGGUUUUUGUCCUGCUCAGUUCCCACAGCCAGCAAGUCCCAAAGAAAAAUCACACAGAGAGUCUGCAUUAGAUAUGAACUGAUUUGCCCAUUUGCUCAGGCUUCGUAUUAGCUCUUAUAACUUAUAUUAGCCCAUUAUUCUUGUCUAUGUUAGUCACAUGACUCGGUACCUUUUUCAGCAAGGCAGGUCGCAUCUUGCCUCUCUCUUGGUCUGGGCAGGACUGCUGAGGAAUGGACUUCCUCCUUCCCAGCAUUUUCCUGUUCUCAUUGUCCCACCUUUACUUCCUGUCUGGUUGUCCCACCUAUACUUCCUGCCUGGCCAAUCAGUGUUUAUUUAAAACAUGAUUGACAGAAUACAGACAGUUCUCCCUCACCAUAGUUGUAUUUUCAAGAUUUAUCUUGUUUGGGGCAUUUUUUCCCCAUAAAGAAAAAAAAGAAAA